AUGGAAGAAUGUCUAGCGGAUGUUCAGGUGACUCCGCCGACGGAAGACAAUGCAGCCUUCGCUCAGCAUAUUUUGUGGGCCCCGAAAAAGAAGCGCUUGCAUCGAAGGAUGAUUCGUGAUGUUCCAUCUGGCGCAAGACGUGGAUCGAAGAUUAGAAAGCGGUUAAUAUUCCCCAUAGAAGAAAAUGAAAGAAAAGAGGAAGAAGAGUUGUCAAGUGAUGUCUCUGAGUACAUAAAAGAGGUCAACAAUGGAAAGAAAGAUUCUUUGAGGACGCCGGACUGUUCGGAAGACAAGCGUAAUGGAAGCGGUGUGAAGUUAGACCUUCUGAAAGUACGGGCGGAUCAUUUGAAAGCGAGCCAGAAACUAACCAGGAAUGUCGAUCCACAGCGUAUAAAGAGAAAGCUAGCUUUAAGUAGCUUCCGCUGA